CCGAAGAAGAAGCUGGAGCCUCUGUGAGCUAACUGAAGCGAACGCUAUAAUAUUAGCAUUAUGACAUUGCACACCUUAGAGCUGGCUAGUUAACUGUGGAUAUUUUCAAGCCCGGGAAACCAGAGGCACCAUUAUAAACUACAAAUAUCAGUUUACAGUUUUUGUUCUCUAUUAAGCAGUUUGUCAGUAGGUCUUGUUAUGACCUAGCUGCUCAGUGAGCUAGCUUUCUUCGGUUCCUCAAGUGCGCUAAUGAAAGAGUGAGCUAACAGAAACAGUCUCAGCAGGACAUAGCCAGAGCAGAGUAGGUUCUGAGGACACAGAGUUCAAGAGGAGCAAGAAACAAGAAGGCUUGAGGCCUUAUGUCGACUUCACACACAGACACACACCUGGACUCUCGUGUUGGAGAUCACCUCAGCAUGGAGAGGGCAGUGAAGAUGGAGCUGCUGAGGACACUGGUCAGCGAGCGUUUGUCUGCAGCUGCAGAGGAGAUCUUCAGGAUUGUAGAGACGACAAUAGUAGAUUAUGAAAAGGAAAUGUCCUGUUCAAAGUGGGUGGUGGACAGCCACCGCAGACUGCUGGAUGUUGCCAAGGCACAGAGUGAAGACUCUCUCCAGAUGUCCGUCCCAGAUGUGAGGCUUCAGCCUGCUGCCAGUGUGAACGUCGGUGUUUGCUGGGAGGAGGCAGUAAAAGCCACGUCAGAGCAAGCAGAACCCAGUCCCCUCGAGAACACUGAUUCAGACUGCUUUCCUGCCACAGAAAUUGACCAUGAGAUACUGGUGGAUAUUUCAGACGAUGAUGUGAAUCAGGAGUGUGACCUGCCGUUAAAGAUCCUCGACGUGGAGAAACCAUACAAAUGUCCGGUUUGCUUCAGCACUUUUUCUUCCAAGAAGACGAUGGUACGUCAUAUCAAAAAACAUCGAAACGAUGAUUCAUCCCUUUACCAGUGUCAGAUCUGUGAGCAAAACUUCUCCCACAAGUCUGCAUUCCUCGCUCACAGCAGAACACACAAAAAUGCUAAACCAUACCAGUGCCAAGAGUGUGAGAAAAGUUUUAACAAGAGGGAUAGUCUGCUUGUCCACAGUCUAAAACACACUAAUGAGAAACCAUAUGAGUGUGAAAGUGAAAAGGAGGAGGCACAAACUCCCCUCGGAUCAGUGACAGCUGCCGGUGAGAUUGGAGAGAUGGACUGCACUCAGGAUAUUUCUGGCAUUAAGACUUUUCCACUUACCUGCACUCCCUAUGAUCAGAGUGAGUUUGACCAGGAGUCUCUGCAGCCCCUGUGUCUUUACCAAAUCCAGUCUGUGUGUGAUAUAGAUAAGGACUCCUCUGCUGCCGUGGAUCACAUUAAAACUGAGCCGGCUGAUGGAGCAUCAGACUGCACCACAGAUGAUCAAUUGCUCGCUUCAGUGAACCAGAGCAAACAGGGGGAAGAUGAGCCCCAACAUCUCGACAAUAUUCAGCCGAGAGGACCUUCAGGGAAAUCCACCGAGCUCAUGGUUGAGUUUGAAGCAGGAACAGCAGAGAAACCCUACAAGUGUCCGUUUUGUGCCAAAGCUUUCUCCUUGACUAAGACUUUAAUAAGACAUGUAAGGAUUCACACAGAGGACAAACAGUACCAGUGCCGGUUCUGUGGGAGGAGCUUCUGUCAGAAGUCAGACCUGGUUAAUCACACCAGGAUACACACAGGAGAGAGACCAUACCAAUGCCCAGAAUGUCACAAGUCAUUCACCCAGAAAGGAAACCUGGUGAUUCACAUGAGGAAACACACAGGAGAUAAACCUUAUCAGUGCCAGGAGUGCAGCUGUAGCUUCAGUCAGAGGUCCUCUCUGGACUAUCACAUGCAGAGGCACACACACUCUUCACCUCAGACAUAAACACUUUGGUAGUGAGUGUCAUUUAAAUUGCAUUCAAUGUCAUUUAAAUGACACUUUUAUCUCUAAUUGACUUGCAUACAUUUAAAUAUUGUAGACACUGACCACUGACUCUGAUGCCUGGAGGUUUUGUAAGAAAUUGCAAAAACUCUGUCUGCAUCACAUUUGCUGUGAUGUGCGCUAACAGCAACUAUGAGCCGUCUCUAGGAUUUCUUUCACAAAAUAGCAUGUUAAGCAAGCAGGAUAUUUUGUAGGACAUUUUUCAUUUGCUACUGGGGAUUUCAAUAACACUUCCUUUGGGACCCUGCUCAUGUGGUGGUGGAAGCAGAUCACAAGAUAGAUGUAUUGGCCAAACACUCAAAUAAAAAAAUCUGAACGUUGACUUCCUCCCAAAGGAAUGAUCUGACCUGGGCAGACCCUUUUAACACUAGUAUUGCUAAUAUCAAUGUGUGCUUAGACUACUGGCACUAUAGUUUCUUUGUUUAGGCUUUGAUUUGUAUGUGUUUCUCAGACUCACAGUAGUUGGUGGUUUGCCAUUCAUCUACAUAUUUUUAACAGCAUAAACUAUGAUUUUAAUCUUAGUCCGAUGGAAGUUCAAGUUAAAAGCGCCUGCUGUCCGUGUCUGUCUGAAGUUUUCAACUGUCCCUGACAUGAAAUGAAACAGCAGUUUGGUCAGGUUAUGGGACUGCCCUGUGGUGAACCUUUUUUAAUGUUCCAAAGGUCAGGAAUUAAUGGUCAAUCUGAAAAAAAAUCUCUUUUUUAUCUAAGUAACGUUCUUGUCCUGUUGCUUUGUUCGAAAACAACAAACUCAUGAUUUGUAUCGGAAUUAGAUAUUUUUGGUUUGUUAUUUCUAACAAACCAAACCAGUUUGUCUGAUGUUGUGGGUGCUAUAACUUGUAAAGUAUUGUUCACGACAACACUGUAAAUAAUAAAUGUUACAGUGAUUCUGAAAGGUUUGUACUGUGAGAUAGUCGUUCAAAGUUUGUUCCCAAUAAAAACAUGUUUUUUGUGGAAGAA